UGUUUGUUCUAAUAGCUAUUAUGUCAGUUCUAAUCAAUGCACUGUUAGCUCUAAUGGUUAUAUUGUUAGUUCUUUUAGUUCUAAUUGAUUCUAACAGCAAGCAAUUGUCGUUUUUGCUUUUUAGCUUUUGCUAUUAUCUGUUGAUACUUCUAUUAUUUGUGCAGUUUGAAAUCAAAAAGUGUAGACUGUGGCCCGUCGGCGUUGUUGACCACAAGUGUUCCAGAUAAGAAUCCCAAUGACAAUCCUUCCGGAGAUGAUGUCAUGACGAUUGAUGACAUGAUUAGCAGAUCAGAGAGGAUUCCUGCUUGGUGGCACACAGCUUUAACCGGUGAGGGACAACGAUUUGAAAGUGCGAAGGAGUUAAGAUUGGCCUUGCUAUACUACUCCAUGGCAAAAAAAUUCGAAUACGAGUUUGGGAAGAAUGAACCGAAGCGUAUUCGAGUGUUUUGUCGGUUUAAGGCAGCAAAAAAUUGUCCGUGGAUGUUAUUUGCCUCUCCACCGAAAAAUGAUAAUAGACUUGAAAUCAAAAGGUUUGUGGACAAUCACAGUUGUGGGCAGCAUGGCAAUAAUGCUGGUCAAUCUAGAGCCUCAAGGCGAUUCAUUGCUACCCAAUUACAACCCACGUUAAAGGUUCGACCGGAUAUACGGCCUAUUGACGUUCAAAAGGAGUUUCUAAGCUCGUAUGGGAUUAGGGUCGAUUAUAGUAAGAUUUGGUGGGGUAAAGAAAGAGCACAAGAGAAAUUAUAUGGUGAUGCCCAUGAGUCCUACGAUCAAUUACGAUGGUAUGUAGAAGAGGUCAAGAAGACAAACCCAGGUAGCUAUAUUCAUGUUGAACAACAUGAGGGGAGAUCGAUUCAAAGGCAUACUCCUAAGCGCAGUAGCAUAUGA